UUCAAAGCUCUCCGCAGGAGGUUGUUCACGAUUCUUGCAGUUUGGAAAAAAAAAAAAUUCAGGAUGUACUGAUGUGAGAUUGGCGGAUGCUGAGGACAUGCCUCGUCCAAGGAGAAGUUGUCAACGUUCCUCUGGCAAGUUUGUGUAUGAAACAAUCACUCCCAGAACCACCAAAGGGAUCUUUUCAGCCCAGGUUGUGGGUAUAGAGGAUUCUGAGGAGGGAUCGACAGACAAUGCUGAUGAUUCUAUCUAUAGCGGUCACUCUUGGUCUGCUAGUGAAUCUGGGGAAGAGAAAGAGAAGGCGCAGAGUGAGGAUAAACUUGAUCACUUUCAAAAACGAAUGUUAAGGGAACACCAAGAAGCCCUGGCCAAAACUGAAGUUCAAGUCAACAAGAUCAAUGUGAUCAAAGAACGAGACAGGAGGAAACGGAUUAAGAGCAGCUGUGAUCAGCUCCGUGAUCUGUUGCCGAAAUUUGAAGGACGAAGGAAUGAUAUGGCAUCCGUCUUAGAGAUGACUGUGAAAUACCUAGAGCUUGUUCAAACCCUUAUCCCACCUCCGGAACAAUUGAGAAUUUUAUCCAUACCUGAAGGACUCUAUGAAAAAUGGCAAAAGCCGACUCCAGAAAGAAGCAAGAAGACAAAAGGGAAAAGAAAACCGUGCACCAAAAAGGAGCCAGUGAGAAUGUGCACAAUUCAAACUACAAAAGGGAAUAAGCAAACCCUGACUGAAAGUGCAGGAAUCUCUCAGGAUUUGACACAACUGAACAUACCAACUCUUUCAGACCAGCAACCAACACUUUCAGUCAUUGGCUCUUCUGAACAACAUGAGCCACAUCCAAUCAAGUGGUUUACAACGCACCCCAGUGCAGACCAAAACCAACAAAAUCUUCUGACCACAAGUUCUGAAAUGCUUGAUCCAGUUCCACAAGAUGGCCCUACCGUGGAAAGACCAAGUCAACCAGGUAAUCUGAGUUCUGACAUUCCAGAUGAAUGGAAAGGCAUGCAAGACUCUAAUUCCACCACUGCAAACGAAAGCUCGGAGAUUCCAACAUCAACUAUGGAUCAAGACAGUUCAAUUCUCCCAAGUCAGGCUCCUCCUUCAAAAGUAAAGCCUGAAUCACAAUCAUCCCAAACCCUGGAUUUAAAUGGGCUAAUGACUGAAAAGUCACUGGGAAACUGGCCUGAAGUGGAUUUGCCAGUGACAACAAAUGAACCAUGUCCUGAAGAAGUGGCUAUGGUGGACUUGAUCAUCUUAAGUUUAUAACCAAUUUAAACCUGGAUUAUUUUCAAGUAUCUUGUCUAAUAAGUAGGCAUUUCUGGUACAAAUAUUACUCCGAUUGGUGCUACUCCAAGUGAUGUUAGGGAGUUAUAACCAAGGGUAAUAUGUUUGUGGAACUAGUUACUGUGCCAUAGCCCCACACUUUACUGGUUAGCUGCUGCACGUACUUAACCAGUGCCUACUUCAAAAGUAGAUUGUUUUGAAUUAAACUGCUAUGGCCAUAGGUCUGGAACGAUCUCCUUUGUGUAUUUCUGUAUUCUAUUUGAUGUAUCUGCACUGUGUGGUAUACCUGUGAUACCAAAAGUUGGGCUGUGGACUAUUCUUUGACUUUUUUUAAUCUGAUCAAUAACUUGCUUUACUGUAAGUGUUAUCUCACAUGUUGGGUUGAGACUUCUUCUAAAAACGUGCAUAAUUUCCUUCAUCCUGAAAGCAGUUGGAGGUAAAGUGAAGCAGCAUCUGUUGACACUAUCAACACUUUAUGCCACACAUUUGGCUUUGGUGAGUAGGAAUUAUCCUUUUGGGGGGUCAUUUGAUUUCAAAUGUUUUUGCAGGGAACCCUCAUUAUUUGAACUUGGUUAUGAAGUUUUUUUUUGAGAAGUAGUUGUUGUCAAACAUUAAAUUCAAAUGAUAAAUGUCCUCUGUUUACACCAUUUUGAGAAUUUUGUUGCCACAAUUGCUCUGGUUAAUACCAUGGGAUUGUAGGUGUUUGUGGAAAAUCACUUUUUCAAUGCAGUGUACCCUGUUUCCAAUAACUUAAAUACUUGGGGUAAAAUGCUCAAAACUGUAAUAGCUUCAGAAAUAAUGGAGCAGUUGAACUGAG